AUGGCUCUUAGUAAAGGUCUCAAGAUGAACACACUGUUAAAAAUUUGCACACGAAAGUACGGAUUUACCGUUAUUCGACGGGACUAUGGACCAGAAGCGGUGGAGAAACUCCGAGGAUCGUUAAUCUGUAAUGUAAAUGUAAAUGUAAUUUGGUGCGAGACAGGUAAACCUAACUUGGACGAAGCGCACAUGUUUGCCGAUGGAAUCCACUCCAUGUUUCCAGGAAAGCCGCUCGCAUACAACUGCUUGCCUUCCUUCAACUGGAAAGCCAACCUCAGCGAUAAAGAGAUUGCUGAGUUUCAGAAAGAACUUGGUAAAAUGGGCUACAGACAUCGGUUUAUUACCUAA